AUGCCCAAAUUGCAUGGGGCCAAAGUGCUGAGUGGCUUGGGCAGGGCUGGUCCUUUCACACGCAAUGCCUUUGCUCCCAAGAAGCCCCCGGCCACAAAGAAGGGAAAGCAGGGUUCAUCUAACAGCAGGGUGGCCACACAGGCCGCACCAAAGAGAAACAGUGUGAGGAAUGGAGGUGCUGGAGGGCCGAUGAAGCCAAAGGAUGACGAGUGCUUCGGAGACAGGACUGAUGAGGACAUGGGUGCAGAUUUUGACUUUGAGGGAAACCUGGCUCUGUUUGACAAAGCUGCUGUCUUCUCCCAGAUUGAUGGGACAAACAGCAACAGGGCACAGCAUCACAGCACACAGGAUGAACAGAAGCCCCUGUCCUAUCGCCAUGAUGAGAAUAUUCUGGAGGUGAAGCCUGUUGUAUACCGACAGAUAACGGUGCCCCAGCAUGGGGGCAAAGAGUACUGUACCGAUUCCGGGUUGGUGGUUCCCAGUGUUACCUGUGAGCUUCAUAAGCGUCUACUAGCAGCUGCAGAGCGCUGGGGCCUAUCUCUUGAGCGCAGGCUGGAGACGAUAGGUGUUUGUUCCAGUCAGAUGGCGCUCACUCUGCUGGGUGGACCAAACAGACUCACCCCAAAAAAUGUCCACCAGAGGCCCACUGUGGUCCUUCUGUGUGGGCCACACAUCCAGGGAGCCCAGGGCAUCAGCUGCGGUAGACACUUGGCCAACCAUGAAGUGGAGGUCUUCCUGUUCCUGCCCAACUUUCUCAAAAUGCAGGAGUCUGUCACAAGUGAGGUCAACCUCUACAGCAGGACCGGCAGCAAGCAAGUGGCCAGCGUCAAAGACCUGCCAGCAAGCCCCGUCGACCUGGUCAUCAACUGCCUGGACUGCCACGAGAACCUACUGCUGAGGGAGCAGUCCUGGUACCAAUCAGCCGCUGACUGGGCCAACCAGAACCGGGCUCCGGUCCUAAGUAUCGAUCCUGCGGUCAGCGAGCAGCAUCAGGCCGUCGAGGCAAAAUGGACCCUCUCUUUGGGCCUUCCACUACCUCUGCCCAAGGCAGAGAGCAGGGUGUACCUCUGUGACAUUGGCAUCCCUACGCUGGUUUUCCAGGAGGUUGGAAUCCGCUACCACUCACCAUUUGGAUGUAAAUUUGUCAUUCCUCUGCACCAGGCGUAACAGAGUAACCAAUGACAUUGCACCUAGAUAAAGAUGGAUAAGAUGAGGAAAUGGUCUGCUUUGCCACAUGGCUGAAGAACAACUACAUGGCCGAAACAGUAUUUUGUUACAAAGUGUAUACAACUUCAUGACACGUCUAAAAGCUCAUGGUGUAGGUUUUUCCACUUACACGCUGGAAACUCCCUGGGUUUGCUGCAUGUUGCGUGCGACACCUCUUGCCUCUUUGAGAGGAAAGGUUUCCUGUUCUUUGGUGUGUUUUGAUAAGGGCUCUGUGACAAGUCAAUGUGUUUACAAAAUGCUGACCACUGUGAGUCUAUCUAUGACCCCUGACCCUGUGACCAGUCAGAGCAGCGGAGACACAGUUCCUGUUUCCUCCGUUAGAUUGCAUGUGGAGUGUCAUCCUGACCUCGUGACUGGGAGCACAGCUCAGCCUAAAGCUAUCUGCCAACCCGAAUCUGCCAUUCAUCUGCCCCCCAGUGGAUGCACAUGUCCAUUGUAUUUCAAUUUAAUGCAGUUUUCUUUUCUUUUUACUUUUUUUACUCAACUGGGUGUGUUUAGUCUAGAAAGGAUUUUGGUAUGUUUCACUGAAAAGGUGAUAUUACAUAGAAUCUAUAUUUGUAUUUAUUUUUGGAAUAUGUCUCAGGAAUAAUGAAUGGAAAAAUGUUAUAGUUGCAUUUACAUUAUAUCUGAUCACACUCUUUCUGCACUGUUGGGUGUCCUGAGUUUAUAACCACUGACCCUGAAAAUUAAAAGAGGAGGGUUCUUUUUCUGUAUUUACUGAAGUCUUUCAGAUUAGACGGGAAUUUGAAGAACACAUUCCAAGGACCAAAAACAUCUUGGACCAGGAUAAUAGCGAUAUAGUUUCCCAUUUUGACACAUCAGAUUCACCCACCUUCAGUGAAAUAAUCACUCCAACCAACUUCCUCUCUUUUGGUCAGCGUAGUGAUCUUCUGUUAAAACCUCAGAUCAGCAAAAUGUCAACUUUACAAGAAAGAAAACAGUCUUAUUGGCAGCUAUGUCAUUUUGUCCUUGUAUCAUGAACUGCUUUUUCCAAAUGCAAUAAAUACAGAACAAAACUCA